AAAUUAUAUGGAUGUUGUGAGAAAAUAAGAGUGAGAGUCGAGGGAGGAGAGGUGAGCCGAGGAGAUGUUUAUGUUAAGGGUGCGCGAGUUAUGGUCGCUGAAGGAGCAGUGGGCGCACCUCGUCCUCCAGUCGUGGCCUCCACUACCUUCUCCUCCACCUGGCCUCUGCUAGACCUCCUACCCCCCAGUCGUGGCCUCCACUACCUCCUCCUCCUCCACCUGGCUUUUGCUGCACCUCCUACUUCAGUCGUGGCCUCUCCACGACCUCUUCCUCUAGCUGCAGCUUCCACCAGUCUUCUGCUGCAGCUCCUUUAUGUUCCUCGAGGCCGACCUGUCAGCCGUCCUCAGUGGCGCCUCAGCAGUGAAGGGGCAACUAUCGGUGACAAAAGUGUGUGUAAAUGAUUGGCUGGUGAAUAUGCUGUGAGUUUUGUGGAAAUGCUGGGUCGCAAACAAAGUCUUCGUGGUGACCACAUUCUUGCAGACUAUGGACCAGAGGACACCCUAAAUGAAAGCUCAGACAUUGAAUGGGCUAAUAAGAGAUGGAUAAGAUGGCUCCUUCGAGUAUGUUCGCUGGUGUCCUUAGUGUCAGUAUCUGCAAAUACUCCAAGCUCCAAAUUAUUAUAUCCAAGUUUGGAACAAAUCACCUUCUGUUCAGAUCUGACAAUCACAUUUUUCUUCACUGUGGAAAUGGUUGCCAAAAUGCAAGCAAGAGGUGUCCUAAAAGGUGAGAUACCUUAUCUGAAGGAUCGAUGGUGUCAAUAUGAUGCAAGUAUGGUAUUCUUCUUAUGGAUCUCGGUCAUUCUGCAGAUGUUUGAAAUGGCUGACUGGGUGGACACUCACAGCUACUUAUCAGUCCUCCGUGCUCCAAGACCGCUCAUUGUUGUCCGUCUUAUACGCAUUUUCCUUAAAUUUUCCAUGCCAAAAAACAGAUUAAAACAAAUUGUCAAGCGAUCAAGUCAACAGAUAUACAAUGUGACACUCUUUUUCCUGUUCUUCAUGUCUCUCUAUGGUCUCCUUGGUGUACAGCUGUUUGGAGAACUUAGUAAUCAUUGUGUGAAGAAUGACAGUAAUGAAGAGAACAUCAGUACUUUGAACAGUUUGGCAAUUCCUGACACUUACUGCUCAACUGAAGCAGACUCGGGAUAUCAGUGUCCCAGAGGAAUGAAAUGUAUACCUCUUAAGCUAGCCAAGAAAGUCAGUGGAUUUAAUGGUUUCAGUGAUUUUGCCACAAGUAUCUUUACAGUUUAUCAAGCUGCAUCCCAGGAAGGUUGGGUGAUUAUUAUGUACCAGGCCAUUGAUUCCUUGCCUGGGUGGCGUGCAACAUUUUUCUUCACUACUAUGAUCUUCUUCCUCUCGUGGCUUGUCAAGAACGUUUUCAUUGCUGUUAUCACUGAAACUUUCAAUGAAAUGCGCGUGCAGUUUCAACAGAUAUGGGGAAUCCGAGGACAUAUUCAACAAGAAGCCACGACUCAAAUUUUGUCUGGAGAUGACCAUGGAUGGAAACUGCUGUAUGUAGAUGACAACAAACCUCGAGGAUGGGCACCAAAGUUCUGCAUGAAGGUUGUUGUUAGUGCUGGCUACUACCUUCUUAUAAUGGCAGCCAUUGUUGCUAAUGCCAUAGCUGCCGCCUCUUUAAGUUUCAAACAUGACGGAAGAGAGAGGGAAGAGUUUUACCAACAUUAUUAUUACAUGGAGGUGGGAUUUACAAUAUUCUUUAACUUGGAAGUCAUCUUCAAGAUGUGGUGUUUGGGUCUUCGGGGAUAUUGGAGACUUGGUAUUCACAAGUUUGAGUUUCUUUUGGCUGUGGGUACAACACUUAGACUGAUACCUUACCUCUUCAUGACUUCGUUUACUUAUUUUCAAGUCCUGCGCAUUGUGCGGCUGAUCAAGGCCUCCCCAAUCUUGGAAGAUUUCGUCUAUAAGAUUUUUGGUCCUGGAAAAAAAUUAGGCAGCCUAAUUCUCUUUACUAUGUGCCUCUUGCUGAUUGCUUCGUCCAUCUCAAUGCAGCUUUUCUGCUUCCUUAAAGAAUAUGACAAAUUUGAGACUUUUGCUCACGCUUUCAUGUCAAUGUUCCAAAUUCUGACCCAGGAAGGCUGGGUGGAAGUUAUGGACGAGACCAUGAUAAAAACCAUGAAGGGAACCACAGAUGAAAUUGCACCAAUUGUAGCCAUAUACUUCAUUCUGUAUCACCUCUUUGUAACACUGAUUGUGUUGAGCUUGUUUGUAGCUGUUAUUCUAGACAACUUGGAACUUGAUGAGGAUUUCAAGAAACUUAAACAGAUGAAAGCCAGAGAGCAGAGUGCUGGUAUACAGGAAACAUUACCUCUACGCCUGCGUGUUUUUGAAAAGUUUCCAGAUCGUCCUACGAUGGCAAGACUGCACAAAGUUCCCUCGGAUUUCUCUCUUCCAAAAGUACGUGAAAGCUUCAUGCGGCAGUAUCUAGAAGAGGAGCAGGAGGAGGAAGAUGGAUUAGCAAAAGUUCGUGGUGUAGGUGGAUUGGAUGACUCGACAAUAUCAUACCGUAAACGACGGCCCAUAAAGCUUCUUACCCCAUUAUCUCAUCCUCGUAAUGCUGACUAUGAGAAGAAAAAGACUGGUGUUUCUAAUAUUAUCUGUGAUGCCAACAAUCAGAGGCUUCUCCUGGGAGAUUCUGGCCAGAUACCACUUCCAGGGAAAGGGACACAUUCCCAUGGAACAAUCUCUUCUAAACAUGUCCGACUUGACCAGAAGUGAGUACGGAGUAGAUAUGUUUAUAUAUAUAAUGCCUGUUAAGUCACACUGAAAUAGAUAGCUUGAUUUAAAAACAAUAUUAUGUCUUAAUAUUUAUGUCAGUAAAGUUUUUGAAACUAAUUUGAUUUAGAAUUCUGUGUUUUUUUGGUGUCAUCUGCUACUUUUAUGGAAGAUUGCUUCUGUCAACGGAAGUGUCAGUCAUAAUACAGUAUUAAUUAUUAUAUACUACUUUUAAAAUUAACACUUUCGCUCGGGGAUGACGCAGCAUUGCGUCAUCCGUUUACUGGCGGUAAUGCCGGGGAUGACGCAGCAUUGCGUCAUCCACU